ACCGGAGUUCCGCUGUGGCGACCCCUAACCGGGAAAAGUCGAAAGAAGAAGAAGAACAAAAACCUUCUUGAAGGUACCACUGAUGUAGAUGCUAUGGAAAUACCAGCUGAGUUGGAUACUAGCACCAAGGCAGCAUCUUGUGUGAGCAACAACAAUUGCAAUGAUGAAGACGAUGAAUUUAAAAUCUGUGUUGUGUGUGGAGAUAAAGCUACAGGAUUCCAUUUCCAUGCAAUGACAUGUGAAGGGUGUAAAGGAUUCUUCAGGAGGACAGUAAAGAUGGACCUUCAAUUCACUUGUCCAUUCACUAGCACAUGUGCUAUCACUAAAAAGAAUCGCCGUCACUGCCAGGCUUGUCGAUUUCAGAAGUGUCUGCAGAUGGGCAUGCGAAGUAAUUUGAUUAUGUCAGAUGAAGCAGUGACUGCGAGGAGGGAGCGUAUCAAAGAGCGGAAGGAGAAUCAGAUGCUGCAGGAUGUGGAGACUGAGAGGAUGACCUUAACACCACAGCAGCAGGAGAGAAUCGACUGUUUGGUCAAAGCGCAUCAAACCUGUUUCAUCUCAAACUUCCCAAAGUUUGCAAUACUAAGGGAUGCACCCCAACAAAUAGAAGCUUUCUGCAGCCCCAGUUACCUGCAACCUCUGUCAGAUGUAUGCUCUGCAGACCCUGGACAAUGGAGACACAUGUCAUACCUGGAUGGGCAGCACUCUGUAUCAUCCUCUGUAAUCACGCAAAUGGCUGAACUCGGUACUUUUAUGGCCAGACAAGUGAUCAAUUUUGCAAAGGAAAUCCCGGAAUUUCGGUUACUGCUCAUCGAAGACCAGAUCACUCUUCUAAAAGGGUCUGCCUUUGAAGUGAGUCAGAUAGUGGCAAACAUGACGUUCAAUACCCAGACCUGCAUGUGGGACUAUGGUAAUGACCAGUUUGGCAUUAAGGAUGCAUUUGAUGUUGGAUGCCAUUUGUGGUUCAUCGAGCCAGUCAUUAAGUUCCACAAGAACCUGCGAACCCUGGAACUUUCUGUAGCUGAGUAUGCCCUGAUGGCAGCUCUCGCCAUCUUUGCCCCAGAUCGUCCAGGGCUGACAAACCGAGACAAUAUUGAUCAGGUCCAAGAGGAAAUGGCUGCCAUACUCAAAGGCUACAUCAAUAACACUCGCUCAGCUAGAGACAGUAGGAUGCUUUUUCCGAAGCUACUAUCAUUCCUGCCAGAACUUCGGAGUCUGAGUGAAAUACAUGGCAAGCAAAUUCUGCUAAUCCAGCAAGAGUUCUGGACGCCUCUUUUGAAAGAGAUUUUCAGUUAAUCUGAAAAAUAAAUUAAACUAUGCACAUGUUACACUUGUCGCAAGAGCUGUAUUAUUAUGAUUUAUAUGCAGAUUUGCAUAUACAAUAACCAAAUAAAUGAAAUUAUCUGCAAA